UCUCUUGUCGGAGGCCGUCUAAACUCAGAGUUUGCCAGGAGCGGAUCAAUUAAAGUAUCAAAGACCAAAGAGCUGGAAAAUGGUAUGUAUUUCAGUGUAUUUUAAAAACGUCAAUGCAUGGGUCUUUCUUUUAAUCCUUACUUUUUCAAUUUCAAGUAUACUUGUGGCUCUUGUUCCAUGAAAUUUCUUAAUUGAAUAAAGGGAAUUGCUGGAAUGAGACAAAUCGGUUUCGACUACAGGGAACGGUUCAUCUCACGGGUCAGCGUGUAGAGGAAAAAAUAUGGGAUUUUUGGACUAAACGAUAAGGAUCUAAAGUAACAGAAAUAUAUGCAAAAGAACUCACUCAGUUUUAAAAUUUUUUUCCGUUUUUGUUAAGAUCAAAAUAACCGGCAGUUCAAUUACGGCGAAUCUUUUCCUGAGGAAGGUUCAGCCAUUUGUGGAUUGGUGAGUGAGACGCGUCAUUAUGGACAAGGUAAGAAAAAUCUCUUAUUUCAAAAUUUCUAACCUUAUUUUUUAUAGAACUUCCCGUAGGUGGUAUUAAUUUUUUUUCGCUUGUGCAACAGGGUGGGAAAAACCAGCGUUCCUUUUUCAGUUUACAAGUUGCAUAACAAUAAAGUGAAAAAGAACAAGUACCUAUUGCCAUAUGCUAGCUAAAUUAAAAGUUCCAGGCAAGGCUAUUGACCAAGAGAAUGUGAUAAAAUUGAAAUAAAAACAGGUGGUAGAAUUUGUUUGCCCUACAGUGUAUUUGACGUUGUGGCUUUACCUUAGUUCUUUCAGCCAUAUUGUCGAUAUUUAUAGCCGGCUGCGCGAGACGGUAAGAUAAAGCGAGUCCUACUUUCUGAUUGGCUACCCGAUUUGGUAAGAUGUGCCUAUGUUAGUGGACUAUAUUCUUGUUAAUUGCUUGCGUUUCUAAAAUCUCGGUUUGUGAAAAGCCAAGUGGCUCACUAUGCACCCUUCCAGUUGGUAUUUUUAUUUUUCAUGAAAAUAAGAGGAGGGAACAAUGACAGAUUGUUUGAUCGCUCACGCGUUCUUACUUAAGCAAAAAUACGCCCCUAAGUCUAAACCCAAGAUAGCGUCGUUGGCUGGUGAUUUUUGUAAGGCCUGAAGCUCGUAGAAAUUUACAGUCGGAUUCAAUAUGGAUUGAUGAUGAUUUAAUAUUCUUUUCAGGAGUAAACUUGCAAGUUGAACAAAGGCGGGUCAAUUUCUGUCGGAUGACUCAUGUUUCGUCAUUGACAAGAGCCCAUGAGCAACAUAAUGGAGUGGUAAGAAUGGUCGGGGAAACUGCCCACCUACCCUUCCCCUAAGCCAACAUUUUGCCCUAAGUGAGAAGUAAAUGUAAAUGUUGGCUUAGGGGAGGGGUAGGUGAGCAGCUUUCUAGAAACACAUUAUGAUCUUUAUGAAGGAUAAAAUAUUACGGGAUAAUGACAAAAUAAAUGAAAAUCCAAUGUCUCUAAUUAUUUCAGCCUUGUUCCGCCCCUCAGAUGUGUGUGGCAAACCAAAGUUCAUUUGAGGAAGUAUUUUUGCUAGAUGGCCUCAGAGGGUCCACAAGCGCUGUUAGCUGUCGGUGCAUCGAUCCUCGCCGCUCUUGUUACAGGGUGCCCAACAUCCAGGUGCUCAACUGGGGGACUACUUAUGAGAGAGCUGUUGAUGUGGGUCUGUGCGUUGGCUCAUGCAGCAAA